GUUCACGUGUGAUCGUAGCUGUAUUUUGAUUCUCUGACAGCUCGGUAGGGGGCGGAGCACAGCGCAGGCCCUCUGGUUACUAUUUCUACCGCAAGAGUCACGUGGUCUUGAGAGCCAAUCAGAUGAUUGCUUUCUUUUUCAAUCGCCAAGAAGACGGGAGUGUGUUUCCGCAACCGCCCCGUCUCUUGUAUCACACCGCGCCUAUUCCCCAGCGUCAACUUAGCAGUAAAAUAGCUUGAAAGACGCAAUAACACCCCCACUCCCCUCUCUCUCUCAAACUCUGUAGGUGUAGCAACAUAGCGCUUCCGGCGCCUGACUCCGCCCACCGAGGUGUGACGUGCUGCAGAAGCGCCGGACGUGACGGUUGGCUGUCCGGCUGUUGUUUGUCUGGCUGGUAACUGCUCGGUAACGUACAGUAGAAUCGAGAUGGGCGUCCCUAAGUUUUACCGCUGGAUCUCGGAGCGCUACCCGUGCCUCAGCGAGGUGGUCAAGGAGCACCAGAUCCCCGAAUUUGACAAUCUUUACUUGGACAUGAACGGGAUCAUCCACCAGUGCUCGCACCCCAAUGAUGAUGAUGUGCACUUUCGAAUCACAGAAGAUAAGAUUUUCGCUGAUAUAUUUCAUUAUUUAGAGGUGCUCUUCCGUAUCAUCAAGCCAAGGAAAGUCUUUUUCAUGGCCGUGGAUGGUGUCGCUCCGAGGGCAAAAAUGAACCAGCAGCGAGGGAGACGUUUCAGAUCUGCAAAAGAGGCAGAAGAAAAAAUAAAGAAAGCUGAAGAAAAGGGUGAAGUUUUGCCGACAGAAGCCAGGUUCGACUCCAACUGUAUCACUCCUGGUACGGAUUUCAUGGCUCGCCUUCACGAGCAUCUGAUAUAUUUUGUAAAUAUGAAGAUAUCCACAGACAAGUCCUGGGAGGGAGUCUCCAUUUACUUGUCUGGUCAUGAGACUCCAGGUGAAGGAGAGCAUAAAAUAAUGGAGUUUAUACGAUCAGAGAAGACAAAACCAGAUCAUGAUCCAAAUACAAGACACUGCCUUUAUGGAUUAGAUGCUGAUUUGAUUAUGCUUGGUUUAACAAGCCAUGAAGUUCACUUCUCUCUUCUAAGAGAAGAGGUUCGCUUUGGUGGGAAGAAGAAUCAAAAAAGAGUUUCUGCACCAGAGGAAACCACUUUUCAUCUUCUCCACUUGUCGCUAAUGAGAGAGUACAUCGACUAUGAAUUUUCAUCUUUAAAGGAAAAGAUCUUAUUCGAAUAUGAUAUAGAGAGAAUAAUUGAUGACUGGAUUUUAAUGGGAUUUCUUGUGGGCAAUGAUUUUAUUCCUCAUCUACCUCAUUUGCACAUUAACCAUGAUGCACUGCCUCUACUGUAUAGAACGUACAUGAGUGUCUUACCAGAGCUAGGAGGCUACAUAAAUGAGAAUGGAUAUUUGAACUUGGUACACUUUGAAAAAUAUCUUGCUAAACUUUCAGCUUUUGACCGGGAGCAUUUCAAUGAAAUCUUUGUUGACCUAAAAUGGUUUGAAAGCAAAGUUGGCAAUAAAUACCUCAAUGAAGCUGCAGGCCAAGCUGCUGAAGAAGCUCAAAACUGUAAGAAAAAAAGGAGCAAGGAGUUCAAUGAUGCACUUUGCUUAGGUGCUUUAGAAAAAGAUGAAGAAAAUGAUGGUGCUAAAUGUUUAGAUGAAGACCCAGAUGAUGAUGAUCUUUUUGAGACAGAGUUUCGACAGUAUAAGAGAUCAUAUUACAUGACAAAAAUGGGAGUGGAGGUUGUGUCAGAUGAGUUUCUGGCGAAUCAAGCUGAGUGUUAUGUUCAGGCCAUACAGUGGAUUUUGCACUAUUACUACCAUGGGGUCCAGUCCUGGAGUUGGUAUUACCCCUACCAUUAUGCACCGUAUCUCUCUGAUAUUUGUAAUAUCAGCCAAUUGAAGUUGAAGUUUGACUUGGGGAAACCCUUCAUGCCAUUUGAACAGCUGCUUGCUGUCCUUCCUGCUGCUAGUAAAGAUUUGCUGCCUCAGGCUUAUCAGUUUUUAAUGACCAGUGAAGACUCUCCGAUCAUUGAUUACUACCCGCAAGAUUUUAAAACUGACCUAAAUGGGAAGCAGCAAGAAUGGGAAGCUGUGGUGCUUAUUCCAUUUAUUGAUGAGACUCGGUUGCUGGAAGCCAUGGAGCCCUGCAAUAAACGCUUGAUGGAGCAAGAAGAAAAGAGGAACCGGCAUAGUGAGUGCUUGAUGUACUGGUAUGACAAGGAGACUAACUUCAAAUACAACUCGCCAUGGCCAGAGAAGUUUCAAAGCAUUGAGUGUUGUCAUGCAAGGAGUAAGGCCAUAUCACUCGAUGCUUGGCAUGUGUCUAUGGGUGAUAACAAGAUUACUAAGGUGAACAAGAGUGCAUUAUAUUUCUGUGGUUUCCCGACUCUGAAGCAUAUUCCGCACACGUUUUCUUUGAAGAAAGCAGGAGUCCAGGUUUUCCAACAGAGCAGCAGAGGAGAGAACAUGAUUUUAGAGAUUAUUAUAGAUGAGGACUCUGAAGAUUCUGAGGUGGAGGCUGUGGCUUCUGCUGUACUUGGGAAGUCUGUGUUUGUGAACUGGCCUCACCUUGAAGAAGCUCGAGUCAUAGCCGUGUCUGAUGGAGAAGUAAAGAUGUACUUGGAAGAACCUCAAGGAUCCCAGAAGUUGUACACUGGUUCUGAAGUCCCCCCGACAAAAAUAGUUCAUGUUAGUAACAAAGAGCGAAACAUCUGGGUGAAGGAAGUGCAAGGCAUACAUGAAUAUUUCCAUAAAAGAAAAGGAGUAAUCAUCAAUGACACAUCGGUGGUCAUAAAUGCGCAGCUACUUACUGGUCGUCGGUACCAACUAUCAGCAAAUGGAGACGUUGUCCUAGAGAAGCAGUGGUCUAAACAGGUUCUCCCCUUUGUAUACCAAACUGUUGUGAAGGAUAUUACAGCUUUUGAAUCUGGCUCCUCUCAUUUCAAAACACUUGGCGAGCUCUUUUCUACGGGAAGUACAGUCUUCAUGCUUGGCGUGCCAUAUUAUGGUUGCAUGGGAGAGGUGCAAGAUUCUUCUGAUGUUCUCAGUGAGAACAGAAUUCGUGUUCUAUUUAGCAUUACCUGUGAACCAGAGCUUGAGGCCUUAAUACAAAACCAGCAUAAAUAUUCAGUAAAGUAUAAUCCUGGCUAUGUCUUGGCUAGUCGCCUGGGAAUCAAUGGAUACCUUGUUUCAAGGUUCACAGGAAGUAUUUUUAUUGGCCGGGGAUCCAAAAAGAAUCCACAUGGAGAGCAGAAGGCAAAUGUGGGAUUGAAUUUAAAGUUCAAUAAGAAAAAUGAAGAGGUCCCUGGUUAUACGAAGAGAGUUGGCACUGAAUGGACUUAUUCUUCAGCUGUUGAGCAGCUGUUGGAUGAAUAUAUUGAGAGGUAUCCUGAGCUUUUUACCUACAUUUCCAAGAACAGCCAAGAUGACGUGUUUUAUGAAGAUGACAUCUGGCCGGGGGAAGAUGAGAACGGUGCAGAGAAAGUUCAAGAGAUUGCCUCCUGGCUAAAAGCUCACCCUGUUAGCCUGUUGUCUCGCUCAUCAUGUGAUCUGCAGAUUUUGGAUUCUGCCAUUGUGGAAAAAAUUGAAGAGGAGGUUGCGAGGUGCAAGACCAAGAAGAGCAAUAAGAAAGUGCGCGUGACUGUGAAACCACACUUGUUGUUUCGGCCUCUCGAGCAGCAGUUUGGCGUUGUUCCAGACAGAGAUGCAGAGUUCCGGCUCUUUGACCGGGUUGUCAACGUGCGGGAAUGCUUUUCUGUCCCUUUGGGGCUCCGAGGCACAGUUAUUGGGAUUAAAGGAGCGGAGAGAGAUGCUGAUGUCUUGCUUGAAGUAUUGUUUGAUGAGGAGUUCCCUGGUGGCCUAACUAUAAGAUGUUCCCAGUCAAGAGGCUACCGUGUGCCCACAAGUGCCUUAAUCAACCUUUCCCAUGGUAUUCGGACAGAAAAUGGUAUGCAAAAGUUGACCGCUGUAGUUAAACCGCAACCAGCCAUCAAUCACCAUGGCUCUCACCCCUCUGAAUUAUCUGCAGGAGGAUCACAAAAAGGACACUUGGGUGCUCUGAACCACUCCCCCCGUUCACUCUUCGUCCCUAUGAAGCAUAAACAGGACGAUGAGUUCAGCAAUGUGUGGCAGUCCUUGCAAGGCUCUGGAAAGCCGCAGAAAAUAAAUGACAAGAGUCUACCUCAGGAAAAGAAGCCUGGCCAAAAUAUGCACCAGUACUACAAAUUGGGCAACCCAGACAACGCCUCAAAGUUCCAGCGGAAAAAACAAGAAGUAGCAAAAACAGGGAAACAAGGCUUUGAGUUUCACAAACCAGAGAACUGGCAGCUGAAUGUAACUUCGCAGAAUGUCUCUGAGCCUGAAACACACAUCAAGGUUUUGAAGAGAAAUGAUCAGACAGAGACCGCGUACAGUAAUUCUGGUACCGCAGAAGGAAAGCCAAGUAGUGAAUUUGAGAACUUUUUUGCAUCUCUGAAGAUUGGAGGAGGAGAACAAGCCCAGUCUGUACCAGUCAUGGAGGCACAGAGUACUACUAAAGAGCAUUUGUCUCCACAGUCCUUUGCUAUGAAAGGGACACAAAUGUUAAAAGAGAUCUUGAAGAUUGAUGGCUCCGACGGGCCAGACCAGCAAAAAGAUGUGAAAAAAGAUCCUGCUGCCCAGCGGAAACAUACCAAGCAGAUGGCUGCUCAUAUGAACAGACCUCAUGGCGCCGGACCACCAUUCAGUGCCCCAAAUCCAGAAUUGUUACGACCGCCUCUUCUAACUCAACCAUUAGCCACACCUUUGGCCCCUGCAGUAGCUGAACUUUGUCGCAUUUGUUCUCUCAUUGGAAUGCAUCCGCCCGAGUUCUCACUUCUGCGAACACCACAGGCGCUGACAGUCUGUCAGGUGAAGCUGUCAAAUGGUUUGGUCCUACAUGGACCCCAAUGUCAUGCUGAACAUGAAGCAAAAGAAAAAGCUGCCUUUUAUGCGCUUCAGAGACUGGGCUCGCUUGGAGCAAACUUUCCUCUGCCGCCCCCACCACCUCUCUUUUCAAAUUACCAGCCUCUUGGAGCAGGUUUACCUGGGGCACCUCUGCCAGGAGUGUUUCCUCAGCCAGCAUCUAAUAUUAUCCCUUCAGCACCUCAUAUGUUUGGUGCCGUUCCUUGGAGACCAACAGUACCACUUCAUAAUAAACCCUAUUACCAGGGAGCUUACCCUGGACAUAUGCCAAAUGCUGGAAGCCACAACCAGUUCAUACCACUACAGGUAACAAAGCAAAGAGUUGCUAUCAGUAAGAGUACUGACAACUCGAGCACAUCAUCCAGUGGGGAGCAGAGAUUGGUUCCUGAUGUUGCCAGUCAUUCUCCCUCAGAAAGUUCUGUCAAUAUGACUUCUUCACAAACCACUCAGCGCUCCGCGUUGGAGAAAUCUGGGACGCCACGAUCUAAGUCAAACACAGGCUCAGCAAGCAAGCGGAAACCACGGAAACUGGCAGUGAAUUUUAAUGUUCCAAAAGCCACAGAAUAAACUUGACUUUUGGAUUUUCAUCAUUUGUAUUACCGCCUUAACAUUGCUGUGUACAAACGGCAUGAGCUGCUGUCUGCAAUUUAGAUUCCCCCCCCCCCCCCCCCCCAUCAUUGUUUCUAUUUGACUACCCCAGGACUUCCCAAUCUGCAUACAUUUACUGGAUUUCAAGUUGGGUGUAUCCUGUUUUUGAGCCUUUUACUUUUGAGCCUUUUUCUUCAGAAGCCUGCACUGAUUUUUUUUUUUUUUUUUUUCUAAAAAAUGAUUAUUGAACAUUUUUGUUAUCUCAGAAAUUUUUGCAUAUAUCAGUACUAGAAAUGAGUUAAAAUCAAAGUUCUCAUUUUUAGUAACCUACAGCAAUCAUAGUAUCUAAUAUGAUGCCACAUGCUUGGUAAAUAUCUCUAACACUCUGAUCCAUUUAACCUUUUAAAAAUAUUCUGUUCUCACAAAGUAUUUCUGUAAAGACUGAGCAUCCCCACAUUGCAGUAACAGUAGUACUUUCUGUUGUGCUGUUUGAGGCUAUCACCCAUGCCGAUCCUGUAUGUGCCUUUCAUUCUAGGCAGUUCAUCUGCACACCACCAUUGAUUACAGUGCCUCACAGUGUGGAGCUAGAAUCCUCUCCACCCUCUUUUGCUCUGUGCAGAGCGUGGCGCUAUUAUUUCUGCAAAAAAAAAAAAAAAUCUUUAAAAUCAAUUUUUUCCCAAAUAUUUUUCACUGAAGUAUGUAGUGAAAUCUGACAAUGUAUGGUAUAUUUGUUCUUAAAGGAGCCCAUUUUUAUUUGCUUGUCCCCAUAACUGUUUUUUUUGGACAUUUCAUAAAAUGCCCUUGGCUAUAGUCACCUUUUCUGUAUGAAAUGCUAUACGGGGGACAAUAGCCAAAUACUUUAUUGGGGUUUCCGAUGUAUUCAAGACUUCUAUUUUCUUUAUUUUAUUUUAUUUUUUUAUUUUUUUGUCCAAAAGCACCUUUAUUUAUUUCCCCACAGUAAUAUUUUUAAGUCCUGGAAUUUUUCAUUGGGUCUUAUACAAACAAUAUUUUAUUAAGAAGGGAAAACUUUUAUGUGCUUACUUCUCUAGUUUCUAUUCUUUUAAAAAAAAACAAAAAAAUAACAACUAACUAGUUAUCGCUCUAUCGACCGUAUCAAGUGCUGGUGUUUCAUAGUGGCAUGUGUCGGUAACUUUGUGUCCAAGAUUGUGCGUUUUAAGAUUCAUGGCAUGUCACUGUUUUGCACAACAAUGUAAAAAAAACUUUUAAUUUUUUUAAAAGACAAAGUAUGUUGAUUGCAGAAUUGUACACAAAUAUAUAUCUAUAUGCAAUGUUACAAA